UCAACUAUUUGUAUUCGAACUAUUUGUAGUUGCAGUUCUAUUUGCAGUUAAAUUAAUGUAGAAUUCCUCUGUCAUCCACUUGUACGGUACUUUAGUGCUUAACUUGCCAACUAUUGCGGCUUCCAAGUUACUAAACUGGGUAUUAUCGAAACUAACGUCAUUAACAGUACGGUAUAGUCUUAUAAACCCCCAUCAAUCAGAGUAAAAAGUUAGCCAAUCAAAUCGUACUUCUACCAAUUUCAGUAGUCCAAAAAUGACUGAAAUACGACACCUGGCAAUUUUUGUUACUUCUUCCGCUAGUCUGUCUCCACCCCUCCUCUUUGUAUGUCCUUACCCAAAAGCCGUGAAAUUCCUGAAGGUUUACACUUUUGUUUCGAUUGUUUUGGCGCAAGAAUUCGUGGAUGUCUCGGGAGACGCUUGGCUAACCCGCUAAAUAACACUGAGCAGCUAAAUUAAAUUUACUGGCACUGGUUGUAUUUAAAUCAUAGUCGCGAAAACACGUCGGAUAGUUGCAGUUCGUCUCCCUCCGGUUAGAUAAUGUGUGUUCUAGACGUUAUUGGGACUGGGGUAGGAAAACAAGGGUGAAAAGGAAGGAAGGAAGGAAAGUAGGAAGGAGAAUAAAGGGACACUAGGAUUUUUUCGCUCAAGUAACGAUAUGUGGAGCCAAAUAUACUCUCCCAAAGUUUGACAGCAAAACUUUUCUUUUUAUUCCCCGGGAAAUUGUUGAGUGAAGUUUACCCACCCUGGCACUCUCUAUUAUUGUCAUAAAUGAUGGAGGGGGAGAAGGAGAGAGAGAGGGAGCGGGGAGAAGAGAAGGAGAAUGAUGAGACUGAGGAAGAGGAGAAAGAGAGCAAUGAGGCUGAACGGGAAGAUGAAGAUUAUGAAGAGAAAUAUGACGAAGAUGCGGAGGGAGCAGCGUUGGUGUGGCAGGAGGGCUUGUACGGUGAGGAUGACCUGGGCCUACCCAUAAUGCACUGGGAGGCGCUGAGUCUACGUAUUGCCGAGCUGGAGAAACAGGAAGAGGAAAAGCGAGUGAAGAAAACUAAGUCUUCCAGUGUACUUGAACGCGGGAAGAAGUUGUCAGCAAGCCGGCCAGAAGAGCGAGAGAGGGGGAAGACGCUGUCCAUGGGCCGACUAGGAGAAAGGGAACUAGGUAGGAGCAAGGAGAGCUGCGACGACAUGGACGAGGAGGACUGUGACAGCCGCGUGACAUCCCUGACCUCUCGUCUCUCAAAUCAGAUGAACCUUCAGCUGUGCUUCAUCAAUGACAGUGGGAGCGAAGAAGAUGAUGAGGAUUCUGGCAAAAGAGUUGGUGCAAAAAAUUCCACAAUGGCUUGUAAGAAUGUCUCCAAUGUGCAAGUGCCACAGCAGUCCCAGGCUCCACCCCCAGCCAAGAGCAAAUCAUCAGGCUUCAAGGCAGCACUGAGAGCACUCAGAAACAAGCUGAGGACAGAGCAGAAACAGGAGGGCCCAGUGCGUUGUGAUCAACUGCUGAAGAAUAGAAGGCUAGAUCAUAACAACCUACAAGCCUUCAGUCUAAAAGAGCUCAACGCCCUGAGAAACUCUCUCAACAAGGCUAUACAAGAUCUCAGCACAGAGCUGGUUGUUCACCUUCAGACUCGUGACCAACUGAGGACGGAACAAGAUGCCAUGCUACUAGAGGUGCAGGAUAUGACAUCGCUCUAACAGGAUAUUCCAUUUCACUUUUGUUGGAGAAACAGGAUAUUACAUUGCUCUUAUUAGGACAUGACAUCAUACUUAAACGAUAUGACAUAGGUCAGUUUAAGGGACAGGAUUUGACGUCAUCUUCCAGCAGACCAUAAAACAACCAGGUUUGAAGAAGCUUUUCAGAUAUCCUCCAAGGGAGCAAGUGAUCCUCUCUAAGGUGUAGUCUGUAGAAGAGGGCUUCUCACCCUACACCAUCCUUUGAAUCUUAAAGGUUCUACAGUAAUGAGAACCUCUUAGAGACAUCCUGAAAUCUUCCAAGCUUACCUUGUUUUGCUACGCGGAUUUCAUCUGGCUAAGAUUGGAGGACUUAUGUCACCUCACCAUUUAUUCAGACCAAUCAGUGUCCCCUGAUGAAAUUUGGGCAUGGUUUAGUUCAUGAUGAAUGCAAAACGUCAUUGUUGACAGACUGCAUGGGUCGCCAUCUCAUUACUCAAGUUGUUUUUUGCCUAAUGUGCCUUUCCCCAGAAAAAUAGAAUGUGCUUGUUUUUUGUUUUUUUUCCCAACAAAUGCUGCACAGUGUGGCUUCUGUUUUCUGAUUGGUUGAAAGUGGUCCAGGCACUUUCAAAUUGGUUUUGUGCAAUGCCUCACAGGCAAAAUGGCUUCAGUUUUACCUCUUCCUGACUGGUAGUACAACAGUAAUUACCAAGCUAUAGUUAUCCUAACAUUAAAUGGAACCCUGGUGUCAGUGAGGUCAUAGUCAUUUAAUGACGGACUGUCACCGCUGCUUUAAACCAACAAAUCCAAUCACUGUGAAGAAACUGAAUCACUCCUAAAUGCUUUUUUUUGAUUGAAAUGCACAGUGUUUAUUUCUAUUUUAAUUCCCGAGGGCAAAACCGGUAGAAAAGACAUCAUCUUUACGAUUAUUCUGACGUCUUUCUAACCAUUUUUGCACUACAUGUUUUUACAAUGGGAAAUCCAAUGUGUAUGUCUCAACUGUUCAUAUUUUAGUGGGGAAAUAACUGGCAUACUACAAGGGAUUAUUUUUAAGCUGCUAACGCUGCCUGGUCUAACUCUGUCAAUUGUCAUCCACAUUUGAAAAUGUCAUGGUUGUUUGGCAGCACAUUAUUUGUUCUAAUGGAUGUCAGAAUAGUUUUUGCUAUGGAGUAUUGUGACGUAGAGUUGAAAGUGUUGUUGUUGUCGUCAGUGUGCAUUUUAUUGUCUUCUCUUCUGCUGCAUGUUUCAUUGUAUGCAUGGCGAGCGUCAAAUUAGUCAGUCAUGGAAAAAUACUUUCUUAGCCAGCUAUGCUCACCCAGCUAUGUGAGCGGAGCUUAGCUCAAUGACUAAGGUCUAUUACUAAAGGGAAAUAAAAAGGGAAUGAAAUGAUAUACAUCAACCUUCCUACUGUUGGUGAUAAUAGCCGAGCCAGCUGAUAAGGUUGGUAUUGCUGUCAACGGUUCUGUACAGGUUCAGCACACACAGGAAGCUUUAGGCUGUUCUUGAAACAGCUGAACUACUAGCACCUCGUAUUUCCUACUGCUUCAACUCCUGCUCCUCUUUAAAAUGUCAAAAGCUCAAUAGUGGAGGUCCUAUACAUCUACUCCACCAGCACCCAAAAUGACACCAAUUUACAACCAAGUCAAGCACUGGCGUUUGGAUUAGUUUACAUGAGUGAAAUGGAAGUAACUUUUGAUGUUCUUUUUCUACAAUAAUUUUCCAUUGAAUAAAAAGGUUGACAUUGAUACCAUAA